CACAUAUUUCUGUGUCUCAGCUCUAAGUUCAGCAGUAAGAUACGGUAUGUCAACACACUGGCAGAGCUUCGUGAGAUGAUUCCAAUGGAAUAUGUGCACAUACCAGAUAGUAUUGUCAAACUGGAUGAAGAACUGAGGGAAGCUUCAGAAACAGCUAAAACUAGCUGCCUCUCAAAUGAUCCAGAAAUGACUUCAGUGGAGCAGGAGCUUGACAUGACCCUGAAAUAAAAAGCAUCACUGCCAGAUGUUUGAAGAAGAGGACUUUCAUCACUCAGACACCCAUGAUCAUGGUGUACAAUAGAAAUUUCAUUCAUUUUGUUUAUGGUAUAAUUUUUUGGUGCCAUUUAGCAAUCCAAGAAGAUGAAAUAGGCCCAUCUUGUUGCCUUGGAAACAAGAAAUUUGGACCUGGCUAUUUUUUUAUCUUCAGAAAUAGAGUUUUUGUUAGAAAAGCUAUAACAUCUAGCAUUGGUUUCUGUAAGUGUAUGCAAAUUCUGUUUCAGAUUGUACAAUUUCACAAACAUUAUGCCUCAUGAAUGAGUCAAUGAGGAUGUAGAUUUUUAUUUAAUUUGUGUCUUCAACAUAGUACUGCUUCUGCAUAACAGAGCAAAAUAGUUAUUAUUACAAUAAGUAUUAUCAUAGUCUUGUUUCACACAGCAGCAGUAACCUUAUAGUUCCAAAAUGAUUCUAAAAAUGAAGCAGGACUUCAGUGAAUGUUUUUUUCUUCCUGUAUGAAAAGUUCUUCCAUAUUCUUUUAAACCUAAUGACUUUUUAUUUGGCCACAGGAAAGCCUGUGUAAUAAAAACUCAUAAGUGUUUAAAGAUAUUUCCCAGAUCAAAAAUUACUAACAAAAAUUAGUUUCAUUUUAAUAAUUUUGUUCAGUGUCUUUAUUUUAAGGAUAGGUUUUACAGAAGUAGCUAAUCCUUUAAAAGUUUAUCAAAUGAUCUAAGAUCCUUGAAAUAUUGUUUUAUUAUUGUUUUUAAAGCCUGUUUUUCCAGAACAUUUUUAAGUGAUGAGUCUCCAAAAGGCAUCAUAACUGAAAUCACAGCCACUGCUAGUACUAUGAAUACAAAACAAUUACUUAGUACUUCUCACAAUUAUUUGUUAAGAAGAGAUGUCAAAAUAUUAUUUGAAGUCUAUUUAAUAUCAAAAACACGUAUUGCAAUGCCACUUGUUGUCUGUCCAGUAUAAACAUGAAAAGGAAAAGACCCAAGCAUUUAAUCUUUUGCUGCUGUCCUGCAUACUGAUAUGAAAUACACUGCAUUAAGUUCUGACAUUCAAAUGGAAAGCAACUUCAGUGUCUCAAACUAUUCCCCUGCAGAAGAGUACAGAUCAAUACUUGAGCAAAUGCUACUUGUCUGCUUUUGAAAGUCAAGAGUCAAGAGUAUGACUAAUGCUUUCUUGUUCCCAAAUGGACAUAUGCAUGCACUUGCCAAACCUCCUGACUCAGUUUCCUUUUGAGAUUAAAAGUAGUUUAUAAUCAGACUUUUCAUAUGAGCAGGUAGUAAUAGGAUAUAGGGGGAUAGUUCUAAACUAAAAGAGUGGAGAGAUAGGCUAGAUGUUAGGAGGAAAUUUUUUCCUCAGUAGUGGCGAGGUGCUGGCACGGACUGCCCAGAGAAGAUGUGGGUGGGUGCCCCAUCCCUGGAGGUGUUUAAAGCCAGGGUGGAUGGGGCCCUGGGCAACCUGAGCUGGUGGGGGCAGCCCUGCCCAUGGCAAGGGGUUGGGUUGGGUGAUCUUGAAGAUCCCUUCCUUUCUUUGAUUAUAUGUGCUAAUGGAAAUAGCAGACUUAUGUACUCCCAAGCUACUGUUCUCAUCUUCAAGAGAUUUUCAUGCACCCUAGAACUGUGUCUUGCAUUUGCAAAAAAGUGGUCUGCAGGGAAGGGAGCAGAUGUAUUCAUCACGAUGUGCAGAGUUGUUCAGCUAUUGUAACAAAGAGUGACUAAAUUGUCAGAAAGACAGGAAGUUGCUAAAUGCUUGCUUACCUGCCAGCAACUAAACUGAAAUAUCUGUACAGCUACAGUCCUACUCAAUACUGACAGGCUGUGUAUCAUGUCUGUCAUUCUGGGUAGCCUGCUUUAUCACAUCUUUCUAUCGGUUCCCUCUUAACUUUCACAUUUAAAGAAGGGACAGAUCCUGCUGACUGUUGUUGCUGCUCCAUAUCCUGAUCUUAUCAUCAUUAGGAUCUGAUAGGUUUCACAGUUUCUCAGAUAUUUGAAUCUUGGCUUGUGUCUGCCUUAUAAGUGCUGUCACUUAGAAUACUGGGGAUAAUGCUUUAUGUACAAAUAAAUAUUUGUAUUACCUUUCAGAUGCUAUUUAAGCUUGAUCUAGAUCUGAAGAGCAUUUUGUAGCAUGAAGCCACAUCUUUUGUAAACUUGUAGUUCAAGCAGUUGACAUGUGUAAGGCUGUAGAUGAGAGAAGUGCUUCUCUUCGCUAGAAGAGACGUUCACUGCAAAGCAGAGGUUCAGCAGAAAUCUUCAUGUCUUUGAUAUGUAAAAGACAUGAAAGAAAUUAUGCCCCAUUUUACAGUAGAUGUCAGCUUGGAAGUGAAUUUCAAUCUAAAGGCUUUAUGUAAAAUCACUAAACAGCAAAAUUACAUGUGAAUUACUUUGAUUAAUGGUGGUAGACUAAUAAUGACAACCUGAGAUGGUAGAAGUUUGUUUAAGCCAAAUGUCAAAUUAUCAAUGUGAUGUUGCAUAAAUGGUUGCAAGAACAAGAUGUGGUUAUCUCUGCUUAUUAAUGUAUUUUAAAAAGUUUUUUUAAUAUGAUAUGUCAAUUAGAUAUUAUACUAACAAUAAUAAACCAA